AUGUACUGUACUUUCGAAUCCCUAUCCUGGUCUGCACGCCAAGGACGUGGUGUCGUCCUUCUCGUGAUCUGGCGUCUGUGGCGGUUCACCGUUCGUCCGUUGCUCAACCCUGACUCGCCGCGAGAGUUGUUGGUACGGUUGGUUCGCUCGGACCCUUUCUUGACGGCGCUAAUGACUCGGCGAAAAAGGCCAUGCAGUCCCCAUGCUAAGGAGCCCCCAUGCGUUACUAUCAUCCGCGAUAAAAUCUACUUCGUCCUGUCGGAACAAGAUGCCACCGCCGUGCUUAGGGAACCACCCCAGCUGACACAUACGGAGCACUUGAAAAACCUUCUCAUGGGCCUUGGCUGUUCGGAAUCGGGAAUCUCGGAGAUGGAUCACGAUUCCGAACCCAAGGCCCCGCCGUUGGUUCUGGUCGCAGAGGAGCUUAUGAGGAAACAGCUCCUUGAAAAGUCUUUAAGCCCGGAGAUCCUCGCUCGGUCCUUGGAGAGCGACCUGUGGAUCCUGUUAUUCAAACUACCCCGACCAUGCGGCAAGGAGGUCCGCGUGGCCAGAGCGAGGGUGCUGCGCUGCUUGGUGGACUACAUGCGUCUGCCUCCCUCGAGCCAGCAGGAUCAAUCCUGGGCUGUCAGAAACUCCAUCACGGAGAUGCGACGCCGCGGACUGAGCGAGGAUGAUAUGGCGUCGUAUCUGCUGAUGGUCCUGUGGGGCUCCAACGCAAACGUCUUCAAACUCCCCUUCUGGCUCCUCGCGCACAUCUGCACCGACCAGACCCGUCUGCAAAGAGUCACCACCGAAGUUACCACCCUCUUCGCGCAGAGCACCGCCGCCAACGAACCGCUGGCCGCCCUCGCCCUGCGCCUCGAGCAGAACCCCCUCCUCUCCGCCCUCUACAACGAGACCCAGCGACUGACCAUGAACUCCAGCUCCGCGCGCAGCGUCGAGAAGCCCCUCACCGUCAACGGCCGGACCUUCCAAGCCGGUGCGCACCUGCUCGUGCCCUACCGCCAGCUCGCCAUGUCGCACCCCGUGCUCGGCCGGGACUGGGACCGCUUCCUGCCGGAGCGGUUCCUCGACCACCCGGGCCUGGCCCAGAGUAAGAGUUUCCUGCCGUUUGGCGCGGGGAAGCACAAGUGCGUAGGGCGGUAUCUGAGCAAGCGACUGUCGCUGACGUUUGUUGCGCUGGUGGUGCAUCGCUUCCACGUUGUGCGGGCGCUGGACGGCGUUCCGGCGGUAGGGUUCACCCCGGUCUCCUCGGGGCCCGGCGGGCCUGUGAAGGGCGGGGAUGUGCGGGUCGUGAUUGCGCCCAAAGAGGACGGGUUAUCGCACGAGGAGAAAUGAUGAUAAGCUUGUUUGUUGGUUGAGCAUAGACAAUUUCCACUGGUGCUAUCUAUUUUCGAAGAUGCUUAGUGCGCAUUGUUCGAGUGUA